CUGGUAUUGUGCACACAAUGUGGUCAAUCAGGGAUGCCGUGAAGACGGUGACGUUUGUCUUGACCAAUGAAGUACUGUGCUAUCAACGAUCACGUGGCGCUCUUGCACAGUGUUGCUGUGUAAUAGGUAGACGCAUAGGAGGAGACACUCCAUCUAUUGGACAAAAAAGACGCAUCCGAAGGCGAGACAGCCGUGAGCCAAUCCGAAAGCAGCGUGGCGUCGCCUUGUCAAUGUCAAUGCUACAUGCCAAUCCUUAACAAAAUGACGGAUGUGCGCUCCCUGCUUGCGUUCAGUCAAAAGCUGCCGGCCAAGUGGAGCGGCGCCAUCUAGACGACGACACGCAACCGAGGCGAGGCCUGACCUGCCGUGCGCCCAAGACAUCCUGCUUUUGGGCGAGUAGACAAGAUGAAGCGAGCCGUGUACUCGAUGGAGAUAAAAGUGGAGCGAAACAAGACCACGGGGGAAACGCGCGUCCUGUCCUCACACACCAAGCUUCCUGUCGACUGCUCUCACGGAGGGGUCAAAGUUUACGAGGAUGAACAGAAAGGUGAUGUGCUGCAUGUUGUGCGUCGUGCAGAUGCGUCGCAGAGGCGGGAGGAAGCGCAAGUUUCAAGUUGGAGGGCUCACUCGUCAAACACAGCGCAUUCGCACUUGUGCCCCCUAGUGGUCCAUGAGGUCGAUGGCCAGGACGGCGUCCGUCUGCUCAGCGCCGCUGAGGUAGAAGAGCUUAUCCUCAAAGCCGAGCAGGCGGCCGACAAGGUGGCCGAGCAGGAGGCCGUGUGGGAGGCCGAGCAGGUGGCCAUGCGGAAGGCCGAGCAGGCGGCUGACAAGGCGGCCGUGCAGGCGGCCGAGCAGGCCAAGCGGGUGACCAACAAGGCAGCCGAGCAGGCGACCCACCAGGCAGCCGAGUGGGCGAUCCACCAGGCGGCGAUAGCGUUACUUGCCAAGUCACGCCAGAGCCAGGGAAUCACAAUGGUCAGCGUGGAGGCGGAGCGCAUCCCGAUCCGCCAGGGGAACACGUCACCCUCGGGAGGCGGGGCGGAGCCCGAGGCGGCUGUGCCCCCGCCAACCAAGCACGAGUCACUAGGGGAGAAAAAAGCCUGCAUGUGCUGCAGUGCGAUGUGAGCCUGCAGGGGGCGCCACAUAAACAACAGCUCGUCAUUUCCGGAGGGUGGGGGUGGGGCAAAUAUGGCCCCCGCAGGUUGUGGCAUUUAUAGCUUGGAAAUGAUCACGAAUGCCGUCAUUUCUGGAAGGUGGGGCAAAUAUGCCCCCCCCCACGCAGCAUUUAGAGCUUGGAAAUUAUCACCAACCCUGAAAGAUUCAUUUUGCUCAAAUCCGACUAGUUUCCGGCGGCUGGUAGGUGAGGUAGAACUCCAACUGGUUGCCAGCAAACAUUCGCACUCGCACUUCUCGAUUGUAUGAUUAGUCAUGUAUUUAUUGAAAAAUGUUACACUUGUAAUCCUCAUGCAUGCCCAUUGCACGUGCAAUUUCUUCAAGGUGUAAAUUAAAAGCAAAGUCUGACUUCUGUCGAA